AUGACGACAAAAUGGUCAUUAAGUAACGAAUUUUCAACAAUAUAUAACCCUUCUUCGGUAUGGUCAUAUGGUUACAGCAAGUCGUUACUGGGACAUUUUUCUUAUUUAAUCAUUCAGAUAAAGAUCCGAAAGCAAUUACCAUUUUGGAGUACGCCAAGUAAUAUGACAUAUAAUUCUCAUAGUGUCGGCAUGCAUCCAGACGAUUUAGUUGGUACACCAUCUGUUGUGAGGUUUACUGCGCCAAAAGAUGGAAACUAUACUCUUAGUUUAAAAUUCACACAUGUCGAUGAUCAUGUAAAUAAUAGUCGACGUACAGGUGUUUAUAUAAUGCAUAAUGACCGUGACUCACUUUGGCAAGAAGAAUUAGUUGGUCUCGGAGCUUCAAAAUCAUACAAUUCGCCUGAUGGUGGGAUCAAUAUCAAAACAAAUGAUACAAUCGAUUUCAUUGUAGGCCAGAGUUUAAUUGGAAAUGUUUUUGAAAAUAUUAAUUUCGUUACGACUCUUGUUGCUGCUGACAUCAAUUUAGAAAAUGAUAUUUCAAACUCAAUCACUUACAUUAAAUCCACAUUUAAUGUUGACCUUUGCUUUGUCUUAGAUUGCACUAACUCUAUGGAUGAGCACAUUGCUGCUGCGAAAGACCAUAUAUUAAGAGUGUCAAAUUAUGUGAAAAAUUUUAACUCUGAUGUUAAACUUUGGUUUGGUUUCUGUGGUUAUCGUGACCAUUGCGACGGCCGUAACCGUCUACAAAUUCUUGACUUUACUAACUCUCAUGAAGAAUUUAAAUUGUAUAUAACCAAAGUGAAAGCUAAAGGUGGAAAAGAUAUCCCAGAAGAUGUCUUGGGAGGUCUUAAUGCUGCAAUAACUUCUAUGACUUGGAAAAAUGGCACUCGUGUACUUAUUCAUAUUGGUGAUGCCCCACCACAUGGCCGUCGUUUUAAUAAAGAAAUGGAUGAAUAUCCAAAAGGUGAUCCAUAUGGUUUGACUGCCGAAAAAGUAUUUGAAAAAAUGCAAUCGAAAAAUAUUCUAUAUCAUUUUGGAAAGAUUAAUGAUUCUACUGAUGUUAUGAUUAACAUAUUUCGUAAAAUAAUCGGUGAGUUUCCUGUAUUUGACCUCAAAACUACAGGUGAUGAUAAUCCGGGUAUAUUACUUAACAAAUUUUGUGAGGCUACUUGUUCUGUCAUAAUUUCUUCUGUUUUACUUACUACUACUGUAAGAAACACCGAAAAUUUUUAUUCUUUACAACGAAAAAGACUUCAAAUUAAUCCACUUGAACCCGAUUGGGCAACUCUUUCAGAAAAUUCUGGUGAACUUUUAUAUUAUACUUUGCCUAAAUCUCUUGAUGAAAUUAAGGAUAAAUAUUUUUUUAUCAAUUCAAAUUUUACUACACAACAUAUCUCGUUCAAACUUGCCCCACAACCAUUUUCUGUUGGUGCUGAACGGUAUGCAUAUUUUGCUAUUCACACUGACUCUGAGCAAAACGAAAAAUUAGUUAUAAAAAAAUAUCAUGAUGAUAAACCGGAUUCUAAAAAACGGUACUUAGAGUCGGUGGAGGCUUCUAACAUUGCUCAAUUUCUUUCAUCAGAAUUUAAUUCGGCCGCAGAACAAAAUGGAAUUAAAUGGAAAGUGAAAUUUAUUGAUGCAAAUAUUUUAUGUAGUAAGUCUGAUUCUGGUACCUUAUAUUAUUCUAUAGAGAAUUAUUUCUCUAAUGCAAAGUUUCAGCGAUUCAACACAAAUAGUGGUAUUAUUACAGACUUUCAUUCAGCUCUUGAAGCAUUUGCUCAUUUCACUUAUCAGUACACAAAGGGAUAUUUAGUAGUUUAUGAUUUACAAGGUGUUAAUCUUGAUAAAAAUAAAGAAUUCUUAUUAACAGAUCCGGCAAUACAUUGUAUUGAUGUAUCAAGAUUCGGUGUAACGAAUUUCG